AUACCAACAAGAAGAGAAAGAGUAGAAAUGUGGUUUAAGAUUAAUAUGAAGAUUUCUUAAUAUGUUUUUUGUAAAGUAUUUCUUAAGUAAGGCGUUACCGGUGUUAAAUAGUCAGCGUUGAAGCUGUUUAGCACAUAAUAUUAAAUAAUUAGAUCAAACUAGUUUCUACAACAACUUCUGGAAGUUGAAGUAGUACUCGGAGUCGGAAGUAGACUAGAACAUCUAUGGUUCGAAGUUUACCUUUAGUUUUUAAGUUUAGAUUUAGUCGUACGUGCUACACUUGGAAAUCAAAAUUGUAUCGACUAGUUUCAACUAUGACUACACUUGAAACGUUGGAGUUUGACAACUUAGCACUAAGACGACUGCCUAUAGACCAAGAAGAAAGGAACUUCGUUAGAGUAGUGGAAGGGGCAUGUUUUUCUAAAGUGAGCCCAACUCCUUUAGAUAAACCAGAAGUGGUUGCAUAUUCAUUACCGGCUAUGUCACUUUUAGGUUUGCCAGAAACAGAACUUAGAAGAAAAGACUUUGCUGAUUAUUUUUCUGGUAACAAGAUAUUGCCAGGUUCAGAUACUGCUGCUCAUUGCUACUGUGGUCACCAGUUUGGCUACUUUGCUGGACAGCUAGGAGAUGGUGCAGCUAUCUAUCUAGGGGAAAUAAUUAAUGAAAAAAGGGAACGCUGGGAAAUUCAAGUGAAAGGGGCUGGUCCUACACCCUAUUCUCGAUCUGCUGAUGGGAGGAAGGUGCUUCGCUCAAGCAUACGUGAAUUUUUGUGUAGUGAGGCAAUGCACCAUCUAGGUAUUCCAACUACUAGAGCAGGAGCCUGUAUAACAUCAGAUAGUAAAGUUGUGCGUGAUAUCUUCUAUGAUGGACAUCCAAAAGAAGAAAAAUGCUCAGUAGUAUUAAGGAUAGCACCUACGUUUCUAAGAUUUGGAUCUUUUGAAAUUUUCAAAACCAUUGACCAGUUUACUGGGAGACGAGGGCCAAGUGUUGGAAGAAAAGACAUUUUGCACAAGCUACUUGACUAUACUGUAGAAACAUUUUAUCCUGAGGUUCACACCCGUUAUGAAGAUAAUGCUCUUGAAAAGUACAGAGAAUUCUUUAAAGAAGUUGUUUUAAGAACAGCAAGACUUGUAGCAGCCUGGCAAUGUGUAGGUUUUUGUCAUGGAGUUCUAAAUACAGAUAAUAUGAGUAUCCUUGGAUUAACUAUUGACUACGGACCAUAUGGUUUUCUUGACAUGUAUGAUCCUGAUCACAUCUGUAAUGCAUCAGAUGAUGGUGGUCGUUACACUUUCAUCAAACAACCAGAAAUCUGUCACUGGAAUCUGAAGAAAUUAGCUGAAGCUAUCCAAGCAGCACUUCCUUUAACAGAAUCUCUACCAUUGUUAGAUUUAUACUUCCCAGAAUUUGAACUUUGCUACUUUAAUGGAAUGAGAAAUAAGCUUGGUCUCCACAAAAAGCUGGAUGAGGAUAGAGAACUGGUUCAAAAUCUUUUUAAAACAAUGGAAGUUACUGGAGCAGACUUUACAAAUACCUUCCGAUGUCUUUUGGUUUUGUCACUUCCUGCUUUACCUGAAUUCCACCAGUCGUUAGACAGUGUGAAAAAUAAGCUUUUGAAGUAUUGUGCGUCUGUUGAACAGAUGAUCAAAGCUAACCAACCAAACAUGGAUUUACGGCAAUUCCAACUGUUCUUGAUACUAAAAGAAACCAAUCCAGAACUUCUUGAACAGCUAGGUAAAGGGGUAGCUGCCAUAGAGCGUGUUACAGCACGUAUUGAAAAAGCAAAGAAGUUACAGGAGUGUACCCAAGAACAGAAACAGGAGGCUGAUGAAACUGAAUGGAGUCGGUGGUUAGACCAGUUUAAGAAAAGAUUGGCAAAAGAAAUAGAAGGAUUAUCAUCUGAAGAUGAGAUCAGAAAGCUACAGCAACAGAGGCUACUGUUAAUGAAGAAAAGUAACCCAAGGUUUGUGCUGCGUAACUUUAUUGCCCAACAAGCCAUAGAUAAAGCAGAGAAAGGAGACUACAGUGAGGUUUUACAGGUUUUAAAAGUGCUAGAAGACCCCUACAGUGAUAGAAUAGAACUUGAAAUGCCAGGAAAAGAUUCUGUCACUGGUGCAUCAGUACUUACAGAUGAAGAAGCAGUUUCUAGUAGUGUUGCAUCUUGUUCAAGUCAAACAUUUGUAAGCUGCUUAUCACAGUAUGAAGAACGGCCACCAGAGUGGGCUAUGGACUUGAGAGUCACUUGAUCUUCAUAAUCAGCCUUUACAAGAAACUGCAGUGAUCUUGUUAGGCUUUCGACGAGAAGAGAUUCACUGGAGAAUAUACACUGACAUGGACUGUCUUGUUGGUGUUUUUGUAUGACGGCAUCAGCCUAAACCUUAACUGGUGGAUGUUGCCUGAAUUCUCCAGAUUGGUUCAUCUCUCAUCACUAAAAUUGUCAUUGUUUACUCUUAUUCUGUUGGAACUAAAUAGGUAUUUUCAAUUUAGAAUGGUAGGAAAACAAUUGCAAAUUUUUAUUAUGUGUAGUUUUAUAAUUAUGCUUGUAAUUACAUGUUAUAGAAAAAACAAAUACUUGCUGUUUGCCUAAAAAACAAACCAUGCAUGUAAAAAUUGAAAAUAAAGGAAUAUGAUUGUUAUGAGUUUGAAUGGGAUCUAUACAGACAUGUGUAACUUGAGAGGAAAACUUAUAUAUGUGUAGCAUAUUUUAUAUCACAGGUUAUUAAGUGUAAAUACUGUGGCCAAGUGAAAUUCUUGUGUUGAACUGCAGAGUACUGACUCAUUUUCUUGUUGUAUUAUUCUCAAAGGUGGUUUGCAUGAAUAAUAAACCUGCCCAUUUAGCAAUGGCAUUAAAUACAGAUUGUCUCAUUAAACUAUCUAAGCUGUUGAAGAAAAGGUAUAUUAAGUACCAGUUGUCAUUAAAAUGCUUUUUUAGAGGUAUAACAUUAAUGAAAGAUGACAGCAGUGGGCUACAAGUGAUCAUACCUAAAAUUGGAAACUGUAUGUUAUGUUGCUUACAAAUUAUAGAAUAUGAUAAUUAGCAAAAUUCAGCUAUACAUUGCUAGUUAUUAGGUGUAGUAACUGUAGCAUUGUAAUUAGUUGAUAAUGACACUAUAAUUUGUUCUGCUAAGUAAUACAUGUUAAUAUUGUUUUUCAUAAAUUUUUCUUGUAUUUGGAAGUAAAAAAACAACUAAUGAUGCAUGUAAGUAUAGUACAUAUUGCACAAGUUAACCAAUACUUGACUAUUAUUGACAUGGUACAUAUUGCACAAGUUAACCAAUACUUGACUAUUAUUGACAUGGUACAUAUUGCACAAGUUAACCAAUACUUGACUAUUAUUUAGCCAUGAUUUCAAAUUACAGAUUGAAAAAUUAGUAUCCUUAAAACUAAUGUUUAUUUUACCUUGUGUAUUUAACAAAAUGAGAAAUCUACUAUGCUGUCUGUACCCAAAACAAAUAAAUGUUGACAGACAUGUGUACACAAUGUCUUAUCAUAAGUAUGCACUGUUCCUUUUAUAUUCAGUUGAUAUUAUAAAUGCAAGAGUAUCAGUUGUCAUAUGUUUUUCUUGUUGAAUUUUUAUCAAAUAUAGAAUAGAAACAAUUGGAUGAAUAAGUGAAAAAUUCAUAAAUAUGUAACUGCAAUGUUUAGAGACCAGUACAAUAUUAGUGUGAUUUAUUGUCUAUAAACAGUAAUAAUUGAGCACAAAACAUUUUUAGUGGCUUUCAAUUAAUUAUUAUAGAUUGAAGCCCGACAAAAACUAAGAAAUAUUGUACUUAUGUAGGUUUGUAAACUGGUUGUAUUUAUUUACAACAAAGCUCACUAAUAAGAAUAUUUCACCAGAAACUAAACAGAAACAGGUUUCAUUGCUGUAAUCCUUUUUUAUGUGAGAAAAGGAAAUAAUUUGAUUUAUCCACUAAAUGUUGAGAUGAAGGUAUAAAUAUUUCAUUAGCAUGCUUUCAAGCUAAUGUGUCUCUUCCCCCCCCCCCUCUACUUCCACUCUUUCAAUUUUGUGAGAAUAUGAGUUUGGUAUCAACCAUUUGAAAGCAUUCAUGUAUUAAGCAUAGUUAUAAAAACACUCUCUGUGUCCUAGAUUUUAUUCUUACUUCAUCAGUGAUUCUGAGAAGCUGUCUUUCUCAAUUUCAUCAAUAGUUAAUCCUUUACUGAGUUUUAGAUACUAUUGCUUUAGUCUUCUGUGUUCAUCUUCAAAAUUUGUUGGUGCUUUCUCUGCUGCAUUGUCUAUACUGGGUGAUUUAGAAGUCCAGUGGUGAGCAAAUAAUUCAGAGAUGGAGAAGUAUAGGAAAAUAAUUGUUAGUGGUAUUUAAUGGAGUGUUAUAGGUUAACCCUGUGACAAUCUUGCCAACAUCAUUCAAAGCCAACUUUAAGGUCAUGUCUUUCAAAACUUUCAUUAAUAAUCAUCAUACACUAAAAAUGUCAAUUCCAAGGAUGUAGACAAUAGUAACUGAAACAUUUUAGACAAAAAGGUAUGAAAACAACUCCCCAAGAACAACAUCCACUGACAUUUUCCAAUUUAUGAUGCAUAUUAAUAAACUUCUCAACGGAUGUGCCCUCAGUAAUAUUGUCUCAUGACAGUAACCUGAAUGCUUUCACAAAGUCCACUCAAUUAUUCUGUCACAGACUCACAGCAAAGGCCCACAAUGCUUCAUUCCAUACUACUAUCAAUUAUUCCUAUGCCUUUCUAUUUCUGAACUGUUUGUCUGUCAAUGGAAUUAUGAAUCACCUACUGACAAAUGCUGAAUUGUUAAGAAAGGAAAACUUUCUGAAACAUAUGUAAAGAAGGAAAAUGUGUUGAAUUGCUAGGAACAGUAUGUUAAAAGGUUAUGUUCUAAUUUACAUAUUAGAAAACACUGACUUAUCUCUAAGUGAGUUUGGUGUUUGGAAUAUGAAUCCAGUAAUUUUGACUAGGGUGUUACAACUUUUACUUAGUUUUUAUAAAUCAUGUUUGAGUAAUGAUCAAGAUGUUUAUCAGAAUAGACCUCUAGUUUUUUUUGGUUGCUUGUAAAUAAAGUAUAACAGUGCAUUUUCAAAAGUAAUAAAGUAUAUAUAAUAUAUAUAUAAUUAAAAGGCUAGAAUAUAUACUAUGUGAAUGACUUGAUUAAUAAGAACAGAGUUUUAAGUGAAUAUAUGAAUAAAUGUAGAAGGGCAUAGUUGUGUAACAUUUAUUAGUGAUACAAAUAUGGACCUAGAGAACUUGUCAACAGCAACUGAGGAACAGUAAAUUAACCCUGCCAUUAUUGACUAGACACAAGAAACUAAACUGUUGGUCUGAGGAACAGUAAUACACCUUGCCAUUGUUAGCUUAACACAGAAACUGACCUGUCUCCAAAAUAUUUGAGAAGCAGAGUAAAUGUAGGCUCAGAUCAAUGAAACACAAAUGAGCAUAAGAACACAAUGGGACUGCAUGGUUUAUGGUAAACUUAACCCAAAUAUAUUGAGGUACCAAAUAUUUAACUCUGGAACUUGUUUAGAUCAAGCAGCCUUUCCUUAGUACAUCUGAUUAUCAAGGAAUCGAAGAACACUACUUUGGAGAAACAGGAACAAAAUUAUUGGAAACUUUCUUCUUUUUUGUCAAUCGUUAAUUAGGUAUUAAACCAAAUAUGUGUGUAACAACAUCUAAUUGAAAUUACCAAGAUCAAAAUCAUGAAUGAAAUAAGGCACUUGGAUGUGUUUAUUAAAGGAUACACACAUGUGACAAAUACUUUAUGAAGUCUCUGCACUAAUAAACAUGUUUAUAAUUUGUUUUGA